GAUGACGCUAGAAGCUCCUGGGCGGGGCGAGCGCCGAGUCACGUGCGUAGAGUAACUGCGGUCGUUCCGGGGUAAACCAUUCGGGAUACGGGCGGGGGGAGUUCUCAAGCGCCUCGGACUAUGGCCCUGAAAAAACCCGUUGCCUUUUGCUCCCAUUAAGAAUUUCUGACCAGGAUUUAUUUCGAUGGCUGCAUUGCACGUCAGGAUGGCAGCUCUAAGCAGGAGCUUAAGCAUCUCGCAGGUCGAGCGUCUGUCCAGGUUCCUUCUCAGGGUUUGUGGACUUCACACCUCGCCCAACCAGCUGAACUCAAAUCGGACCUCCAUCGCUUGCUUCCCGAGACAGAAGUACGCCCGGCUGUAUCCCGUCCUCCUGGUUAGACCGGACGGAUCCUCAAUCCACCUUCGCUACAAAGAGCCGAGGCGGAUCCUUCCGAUACCAGUAGACAUCAACACCCUCCCCGAGGCCGAAAGGAGAAGCCGGUUGAGAAGAAAGAACUUGAUGAAGUCCAAGCCGGAGGAAGUAACUUUUGAAGGCGACUUUAAACUGGAUGAUUACACGAAAUUUUGGAGCAAAAAGUGAGA